ACGACAGCCCCAAAAUCCAAUGACUCUGAGCUCUUAGAUCCUCCCUUCCAGUAGUUAACGUGGCUUCCCUAAGGCCAUACAAAACAGACUUAAAAGAUAUUUUUCCUUGUUCGUUGGUGAGAUACUUGCCACCGUUACAUUAGAGGCAGUUGGCAACUCAAUUAGUUUUGUAGCCGUCCGAUUAAGGGGCUUGUCUUAAGAUAUUUUUUAUAGGCGGCAUGGCUAUAUAAAUUUUAGCAGAAGCCGGGCUAGAUUUUCGAGUUCUUUUGCUUUACUCUGAGUUCAGAGUUCAAAGAAGUAAUAUAAUACUGAGGUGGAACUGGAUUUUAGUGGUAAAAGAGAAAAACAUAUGGGUGAGGUUGUGGCAAGUAGCGAGGAAGUGGAGGAGGUGAAGACUGAGAGCGAAACUGAGAAGGAAAAUGGGGAGUUUGAAGGGAAUAAGAGGAGGAAGAAGAAUCCUGGGAGUUCUUCCUCUGGGGAAGCGGUGAAAUGGGAAAGGUUUUUUCCCAGGAUGCCGUUGAGGGUUUUGUUGGUCGAAGCUGACGAUUCAACCAGGCAGAUUAUAGCUGCUCUUCUCAGGAAAUGCAGUUACAGAGUUGUUUCUGUUCCUGAUGGCUUGAAGGCAUGGGAGAUGCUAAAAGGAAAGUCCCAUGACAUUGAUCUCAUUUUGACAGAAGUGGAUUUGCCAUCUAUAUCAGGAUUCGCUCUUCUUACACUAAUAAUGGAGCAUGAGAUUUGUAAAAGCAUCCCUGUUAUAAUGAUGUCGUCACAAGAUUCAAUUAGCACAGUAUAUAAAUGCAUGUUGAGAGGGGCUGCUGACUACCUUGUUAAGCCAAUAAGGAGAAAUGAGCUGAGAAAUUUAUGGCAGCAUGCAUGGAGAAGGCAAUCAUUUAUAGUUGGUGGAAACACCCCCCACGAUGAGAGCAUUGGACAGAAAAACGUUGAAGCUACCUCUGAAAAUAAUGCUGCAAGUAAUCAUUCCUGUGGUUGCUUGGCUGGUGUCCAAAGAAAUAAGGAACAAGCUGAGAAAGGGAGUGAUGCUGAGAGCUCUUGUACAAAGUCAAACACUGAAGCUGAGAGUGCCCAAAUGGAAAAUAUGCUGGAAUUUUCACACUUGAUAAAGGGAAAAUCUCUACCAAGUGAGCUGCAGAAGUAUGAAGUUCAUGUGAAUUUUAAUCAGAAACUGCUCAUGCAUGAGAUGAAAACUGGGGUUGUUGAUGCCUCAAAGGAUGCCUACGCAACAACUGUAUACAAGGGUGGUGAACUGGAAAGUCAAAGAAGAGAUACUAAUAUCUUGGUUGAGGCUGGUGAUGCCCUUGUUGAUUCACCAAGAGACGCUGUUGACUUCAUGGGAACAUUUAAUAGAAAUUGCAGUUCUUCUUCAAUAAAUAGCACAAGCAUGUUUGAUUCUUCUCCACACUUGGAUCUUUCCUUGAGAAGAUGUAAUUCUCAUGUUUUUGAGAAUCAUGUUACUCAAGAAAGGCCUACCCUCUGGCAUCCUAAUUCAUCAGCCUUUACAAGGUACACUAGCAGACAAUCACAGCCCCUGCAUUCAACAUUGACAAGUGUCAGUAAUCAAAACAAAGAAUCUGGAACUAAUUCGGAGAAGAUGUUGUCCAAUAUUGUUUCUGAAUAUAACUUUGAUACUCCUAGUCCGAUGCUGACUUCUCAAAGAAACAUGAUCCCUUUGACUACUGAAACUACAGGUCAAUUGAGGUCAACUGAAGCAGCAGCAUCAUGCAUGCAACACAGAGUAUUUCCUGUCCCAGUAUCAGUGAAGGGUGUAAGAUUGAAUAACCUGUGCGAUGGCCAUACUGUAAUUCCUCCAAUCUUUUGUACACAGUCAAUUUCAUCGCCAGUGCCAAGUCCAAGCUCAUCCAACCAACAGGAACCUGCCUUUCGUGUGAAUCCAUUUCGUCAUUCCAGUUUUGAAACUAACUCCUCUGGACAGUUGUAUGACCAACUUGCCUCCAAUGCAAAUCAGUCAACCAACCAACCUUUACACAAGCUGGAUCAAAAGUUGGAUUCAACUGAGGAUAGAGGACAUAUUUCUCCUGCCACUGAUCAGAUUGCAAGCAGCAGUUUCUGUAAUGGCUCCCUGAGUCAACUUAAUGGUAUUGCAUAUGGAAGCUCCGGGGCAAGUAAUGGCAAUAUUGAUCAGGUUGCUAUAGUUCGAGCUUCUACAGAGAACAAGAAUGAUGACAGUUUUCCUAGUCCUGGUGGAAAUUCACACCGUUCUAUUCAAAGAGAAGCAGCUCUAACCAAGUUUCGCUUGAAGCGGAAGGAUAGAUGCUAUGAGAAAAAGGUCCGAUAUGAGAGCAGAAAGAAACUUGCAGAGCAGCGCCCAAGAGUUAAAGGUCAGUUUGUUCGUCAAGCGUAGGCUGAUCCUACACAUACAAAAGCUGAGUCUCAUUAUGGCAAUUCAUCUGAUGGCUAGUUACAUCUUUGUAAACUAAGGAGAGCAUGGAUUCGAAUUUGCUUGAUCUUUAGAAAUGGUGGCACUGGCUACUUAAGCCUUUUGUUUUUCGAAGCUGAAGAAAAAAAAGGGGCAGAAUUCUAAAGUUGCUUUUGCACAUAUCCAUGCUCAUUAUAUUAAUGGUUAUUGGCACAGGUUGCUAUGUACUUAUUGUAAAAUAAUAUUUUGAGCUCUUAGUUUAGAGAGUUCUAUUCCCUGUUUUUCAUUGGGUUGCCUGAGUCAUUCUUUAUUGGUUACCUUGUAGAUUUGUUCAGUCAAUCGGUCUUAUAUGCAAGUCGCAAUAACCAUACAAACUUAGUGUACAUACAAAUCUAGUGUAAUCUCAUUUUCUCACCAUGCAAACACAAAUUUUCCUGCGCACGAGUUUCUAAAUU